AUGACAACAGGCUUAUUGGCCAGAGCAGCACUGAUAACAUGUAUUUAUGAGUGCAGGGUAAAGCAGCAUUUCAAUGCCAAACUGUGGCAACUGGAUAUCAGGAAUGUCGAUAACGACCUGAUCGUGCCUCAGGAAUGGUACUCUAGUCUCAAACGUGGAACGCUGGUCAUGAUCAGAGCCACUUUGCACGCUUUUAAUUGGAAGGAGCGCCGGAAGUACUUCACUCAUGAAUGCUACUCAGGAAUCUUCGAGCUUCGAAUGAAAAUGGCGCAGACAUCCCACAAUGCUAGGGACGACACAUUAAAAAUAAAGCUUUUCAAUACGGCCAGUCUUGAUGAGGGUCCUAGAGGUGCAGUCCCCGAUGAGGAAGCUCAACAACUCGUGAAGAACCUCCUUCGAACUCUGAUGGAUCAAGACGGCAUUCAUUUUGUCAUGUACUGCGUGCGGGGAUCUCACCUCGCGGAGUGCUGCAACCAAUCAUACAAUGCUAUCUGCAACCUCAUCAAGCAGUCAAUUGACCAGGAUAACUAUGUAGUAAAGCUAUGUACCAAGGAUAUCAUUUGCGGAGCGGAGGAUGAAUGGAGCGGAGGGGGUUGGAAAGCGGAGCGGAUAUUGAUAUUAGGGUGGUCGGAUCAGGUAUAUGACAGGAGCAGGCAAAAGCUCACUUAUCAACCUCAUGGUGUGAAUAUGGCGGUCACACUUUCAUUCCCAGUUCUAGCUGCUACACUAGCAUUCUUCACAUUUACCCUAAAAACACACAACUUCAACAUUGCUGCCAUAUUCAUCUCACUGAGUCUGUUCCAGGACAUUGGAGCACAAAGAACUGCGCCCCUUUUCAACGUUUUUAUAACACAUAGCUCCACUUACGCCCCUUUCGUCCAUUUCAAAAUCAAACCAUGA